GCUCAAUUUAAUUUCCUUGAACAAGCAUUAUUGUUCAUAAUCUCAACACUUCAAUGGUGAUCGAGAUGAAAUGGAAUACCAUCUUGUUCUUGGGAAUCACUCUGGCUAUAAAUGCUGUAACUAGCAGUACCGCGGUCUCAGAAAAUACUUCCAGCCUGAAGCAGAACAUUCUUCAGUCCGAGAGAAACUAUGAAGUGAAUAGCACGAUUCAGAGUGAAGAUGGGGACAUAAUCGAUUGUGUAGACAUUAACAAGCAGCCAGCUUUUAAUCAUCCUGCUUUGAAAAAUCACAAAAUCCAGAUGGAACCAACAAAGCUGACAGAUUCAGAAACAGAAACCAGGAAAGAAGCUGGACAUGAACACUCGGGGAAUACUUCUUCUGCAACACAGAUAUGGCAGAGAAGUGGUAGCUGCCCAGAAGGCACCAUUCCUAUUCUUCGGAGAAAACCACUAAAAAAAGACGGCGAAACAAAUCAAGCCCGGAAGAAAAAACCAGGUUUUGUUCCACAUAAACAUCAGCAAUUCAAGGAGGACAACAUCAACAACAACAACAACCAACCGAAUCUUCUAUACGCAAAUCGCUCGAUGGCAAUCCUUUUCGCCGAGGGGUUUGCAUAUUAUGGGGCUAAAGCAGACAUUCAGGUAUGGAAUCCUCAUGUUGGAGAAGAUGAUGAGUACAGUAUGUCUCAAGUUGCUCUGAAAAGUGGCACUCGCCGUGAAUCUGAAGUUGUUGAAUCAGGAUGGGCAGUGAAUCCAAGUGUUUAUGGGGAUAGAAAGACAAGACUCUUUGCUUACUGGACAGUUGAUGGUUCGGUUAAUACCGGCUGCUUUGAUCUCAUUUGCCCUGGUUUUGUUCAAAUAAACAAUGAAAUAGCUCUUGGUGCUGCAAUUUAUCCCAUCUCAAAUCCUACAGGCCUUCCAUUCCAAAUAACCAUCACAAUCCUAAAGGAUCGAGAUUCGGGAAACUGGUGGCUGAUUUAUGGAGAGAAAACGUUGAUAGGAUAUUGGGCAAGGGACAUCUUCAAGGGAAUGGGAUUGUAUUACCAUGCUGUAACUGUUCAGUGGGGCGGUGAAGUUUUCAGCACCAGGAUGAAGAGUCAUCCGCAUCCGGCGAUCCAAAUGGGCAGCGGGAAUUUCCCGGACACUAUUUCCGGCAACUCAGGCACAAUGAAGAGAAUGCGGGUUGCUGUCAACUCCCAGACAUUCACUCGGCCGAUAAUGACUUAUACCUGGACGGAUGAGUAUCGUUGUUAUGAUGUUUACUACAGGAAGGAGUACCGGGACGAUGAUCCGAACCUUUAUUACGGUGGCCCUGGUGGAUUUCACUGGUGCAUUUAA